GAUGGAUCAAUAGUAUAGGCUUCAAGUGGAAAAAAUCAAAUAACAGAAAAUAUUUGAUGGACUUGCCAAAUAUUGUUCAUAAAAGAAUCAGUUUUUUAAGCAAGGGAUCAUUUCGUAGUAGCUGGCAAGAUGACACCAAGCACACGGAUUCAAGGAAAAACAGUGAAGGUCAUCGUUAUAUCGUGGUACACGCUGGAACCAAAGAUGGCUUCAUCAAGGGUGCAAGUUUAAUAUUCAAGAGAGGAUUAAAGAUGGAAGAUUAUCAUGACAAUAUGAACAGGAAAAACUUUGAAAACUGGUUUGAAACUCAGCUGGUUCCAAAUCUUCCCCCAAAGUCAUUUAUAAUCAUGGACAAUGUAAGUUACCAUUCUGGUUUAUUAGAAGAAAUCCCGAGAAAAUCUUGGACAAAGCAGAGACUGACCGAAUGGUUGAAGAAAAAGAAUAUUGGCUUUCCAGAAAAAGCCAUGAAAGAUAAAAUAUGGAGUAUUGCAUGCAGAAACUUCCCUAGUGAAAAAAAGUACUUCCUUGAUGAAUAUGUUAAACCUUUAGCACAUAAAAUUUUGCGACUGCCACCAUAUCAUUGCCAGUUUAAUGCAAUUGAAAUGGUAUGGUCGGAAUGUAAACGAAAAUAUGAUCAAUAUAUUUCCAAUUUUAAGGGGUCACCUUCAGAAGUUCUGACUACAUGGGAAAGGGUAAUAAACGAAAUUUCUAUAAAUCAUUGGCAAAAAUAUGUUUUUUAUGCAGAAAAGGUAAUUGAAAAGGCUUGGGAGGCAAUACAAGUGUGUGAUGUCUAUGACAUUCUGCCACUUGUGAUUUCGACUGACGAAGACGACGAUGACGAAGACAAUAUCUCUGAUUUCAGUUCUGACUCUGACAAUACUGACGAGAUUGAUUAAUCUUUUUUUGAUCUAGCAAAUUUUAUUUUAUGAUCGUCGUUUAAGUAUUCAAUCAUAUCGUUGCAAUUUCAUUAACUUGGUAAUGCAAUAUGGCGUGUUUUAUUUGAGUUUGUAUGUUUUAUUUUUUGGAAUGGUAUUUUCAUUUUAAUGCAUUAACAUAUUCCUUCAAACAGCAUUUUUUUUCAUGAACAAGUAAAUGAAAUUGUCAGUAUUUAAAUUUUUCCCAGUGAGUUAUAUAUUAAUAAUAGCUAAAUAAUUUUAUACCAUUAUUCACAAUUUUUGUAAGAUCGGUUUUGUUAUGUCUACUGCCGUAUUCUACUUUUCAAAUAUGUUGUAGAUUUGGUUUUUGCGGUCUUUUGCUUGGAAAAUAUAUGAGCGGCGUAAUCCUGAUCUGAUUUUAUCCCAUUCUUCUUUAUAUUUGCGAUCGUUGUUGUGCUCAAUUUUGUUGCAUCUGCGGCUCGCUCUAUCACAUUCUCAAUUUGAAGUGCAAUUCCGUUUCGGACUUGUUGUUUAUGUCCGAUUAUUUAUGA